CCUCCGGGGGGGCCGGGGACGGCGAGGGGCGGGAGGAGGAGGCCGCCGCCGCCGCCACCGCCACCGAGAGUCGGGUGAACGGGGACGAGAAGGGCGCCCGGUGGGCAUGGCGACCCGAGCGGCGCCAGCGAGACGAAGAGGAGGAAGAGGAGGAGGAGGAGAACAACAACAGCGCCCGCCACGCCGAGGAGGAGGAGGAGGAGGAGGAGGAGCAGCAGGAGGAGAGGGAGGGAACCCACGGCACCCGGGAGGACGAGGGGGAAGAGGAUGAGGAGGACGAGGAGGAAGAAGGGAUGGACCAGGAGAGCGAUGACUUUGAGCAUUCUGAGGAGGAGGAGGAGGAAGAAGAGGAGGAAGAGGAGGAGGGCGAGGAAGGAGAGUUCUCUCCCUCCCACAGGAACAAUGUUGCAGACCCAAAUGACAAUGUGGACCUGUCCUCAGGACGGCAGCGCCCGACUCCGCCCUCACUCUUUGGGAAGAAGGUGCAGAUGAAGAGGAAGUUGGACCACGGCCCCGAGGUCCGAUCCUUUCCUUCAGGGAAGAAGCCCUGCAAAGGGCCGGAGUACCCGAGCCCCACAGGGCUCGUUCCGUACCCGGCCACGCCCACCACAUUCGGGGACCUGCGGGCAGCCAACGGGCAGGGCCAGCAGAGACGGCGCAUCACCUCCAUCCAGCCGCCCGCCGGGCUCCAGGAAUGGCUCCGCACUUUCCAGAGCUGGAGCGGUCCGGAGAAGCUCCUGGCGCUGGACGAGCUCAUCGACAGCUGCGAGCCCACGCAGGUCAAGCACAUGAUGCAGGUGAUCGAGCCGCAGUUCCAGAGAGACUUCAUCUCCCUGCUGCCCAAAGAGCUGGCUCUCUACGUCCUCUCCUUCCUGGAGCCCAAGGACCUGCUGCAGGCGGCGCAGACGUGCCGCAACUGGCGCUACCUGGCGGAGGACAACCUGCUGUGGAGGGAGAAGUGCAAGGAGGAGGGCAUCGAUGAGCCCCUCCCCCCCAAAAGGAGGAAGCCCCUCAAGCCCGGCUUCACCCACAGCCCCUGGAAGAGCGCCUACAUCAGGCAGCACCGGAUAGACACCAACUGGAGGAGAGGAGACCUCAAAUCGCCCAAGGUGCUCAAAGGUCAUGACGACCACGUCAUAACCUGCCUUCAGUUCUGCGGCGCCAGAAUCGUCAGCGGCUCGGACGACAACACGCUCAAAGUCUGGUCGGCCGUGACGGGCAAGUGUUUGAGGACGCUGGUGGGACACACGGGCGGCGUGUGGUCGUCCCAGAUGAGGGACAACAUCAUCAUCAGCGGCUCCACGGACCGGACGCUCAAAGUGUGGAACGCGGAGACGGGCGAGUGCAUCCACACGCUGUACGGGCACACGUCCACAGUGCGCUGCAUGCACCUGCACGAGAAGAGGGUGGUGAGCGGGUCCCGGGACGCCACGCUGCGGGUCUGGGACAUCGAGACGGGCCAGUGUCUACACGUGCUGAUGGGCCACGUGGCGGCGGUGCGCUGCGUCCAGUACGACGGGCGCAGGGUGGUCAGCGGCGCCUACGACUUCAUGGUCAAAGUGUGGGACCCCGAGACCGAGACCUGCCUGCACACGCUUCAGGGGCACACCAACAGGGUCUACUCAUUACAGUUUGACGGCGUCCACGUGGUGAGCGGCUCCCUGGACACGUCGAUCCGCGUGUGGGACGUGGAGACGGGCAACUGCAUCCACACGCUGACCGGCCACCAGUCCCUGACCAGCGGCAUGGAGCUGAAGGACAACAUCCUGGUGUCCGGCAACGCCGACUCCACCGUCAAAAUCUGGGACAUCAAAACGGGCCAGUGCCUCCAGACGCUGCAAGGUCCCCAUAAGCACCAGAGCGCAGUCACCUGCCUGCAGUUCAAUAAGAACUUUGUGAUCACCAGCUCGGACGACGGGACGGUCAAGCUGUGGGACCUGAAAACGGGCGAGUUCAUCCGCAACCUGGUGACCCUGGAGAGCGGGGGUAGCGGGGGGGUGGUGUGGCGCAUCCGCGCCUCCAACACCAAGCUGGUGUGCGCCGUGGGCAGCCGCAACGGCACCGAGGAGACCAAGCUCCUGGUGCUCGACUUCGACGUGGACCUGAAGUGAGCGGAGGGGGAGGGGCAGACACGACGGCCGGGGCACCCCGGGGGGGU